GCCGGCGAUGGCGGAGAAGCUGGCGCCCCCGCCGGGGGAGCUGUUCCUGCGCAAGGGCCGCGAGUCCGGCUUGUCCCUCGAGGUGGACCGACUGGCCCCCGGCGAUGCCCCGGGCGAGGAGUCCUCGGACAGCGAAGGCGAGCAGGAGGACAGCUCCCACAAGCUCAUCCGCAAGGUCUCCACGUCGGGCCAGAUGCGGGCCAAGAAGAGCGUGAAAGAAGGGCUUCUGCUAAAGCAGACGAGUUCCUUCCAGAGGUGGAAGAGGAGGUAUUUCAAGCUGCGAGGGCGGACGCUCUACUACGCGAAAGAUGCCAAGUCCCUGAUCUUUGAUGAGGUGGACCUGUCAGAUGCCAGCGUAGCCGAGACCAGCACCAAGAACAUCAACAACAGCUUUACGGUGAUAACACCAUUCCGAAAACUCAUCCUCUGUGCAGAGAACCGGAAGGAGAUGGAGGACUGGAUUGGUACCCUGAAGUCUGUCCAGAAAUGGGAAAUCCAUGAGGCCUCCCAGUUCAACAUGGAGCACUUCUCUGGGAUGCACAACUGGUACGCCUGCUCCCACGCCCGCCCCACCUUCUGCAACGUCUGCCGGGAAGCCCUCUCCGGGGUCACCUCCCACGGCCUCUCUUGUGAAGUUUGCAAGUUCAAAGCCCACAAACGCUGUGCCGUGCGUGCCACCAACAACUGCAAGUGGACCACGUUGGCAUCGAUAGGAAAUGACAUAAUUGAGGAUGAAGACGGGGUGGCUAUGCCUCACCAGUGGCUGGAGGGGAAUCUGCCCGUCAGCGCCCGCUGUGCUGUCUGUGACAAGGCGUGCGGGAGUGUGCGCCGGCUGCAGGACUGGCGGUGUCUCUGGUGCAAGACGAUCGUCCACAGCGCCUGCAAGGAGCAGCUGGGCAAGAAGUGUCCCCUGGGGCAGUACAAAGUCUCCAUCAUCCCCCCCACCGCCCUCAACAGCAUUGACUCGGAUGGAUUCUGGAAGGCCACCUGCCCCACCUCCUGCUCCAGCCCUCUGCUGGCCUUCGUCAACUCCAAGAGCGGGGACAACCAGGGGGUGAAAUUCCUUCGCAAGUUCAAGCAGUUUCUCAACCCAGCGCAAGUCUUUGACCUGAUGAAUGGGGGGCCGCACUUGGGGCUGCGACUCUUUCAGAAGUUCCCUUCCUUUCGGAUCUUGGUGUGCGGCGGCGAUGGCAGUGUGGGUUGGGUGCUCUCUGAAAUAGAUGCCCUGGGACUCCACAAGCAGUGCCAGCUCGGGGUGCUGCCCCUGGGGACCGGCAACGACCUGGCUCGGGUGCUGGGCUGGGGGAGCCUCUGUGAUGAUGACACCCAGCUGCUGCAGGUCCUGGAGAAGCUGGAGCGAGCCACCACCAAGAUGCUGGACAGGUGGAGCGUCCUGACCUAUGAGGCCCCCAAGCAAUCCCCACCGGCCAUCAAGGAAGAGGAGAGUGAGGAUUCCAACAUCCAGGCUCACAUUUCCCACUAUGCCGAUUCCGUGGCCUUCCACUUAGCCAAGAUCCUGGAGUCUGACAAGCACUCCGUGGUGAUUUCCUCAGCAAAGUUCCUUUGUGGGACCGUGAAUGACUUUGUGGCUGAUGUUGGCAAAGCCUACGAGCGGACGGCUGACAGCAAACAGGAGGCGGACACCAUGGCGCGCAAGUGCGCGAUGCUGAACGAGAAACUGGACUCACUGGUCCGUGAGCUGAACGAGGAGUCUCAGGCCAUCGUGGUCCCUGAGGGCACUUCUCCGGCUGCCUUGCCCAGCCCUGAACCCAGGGAGGGGGGCAAGGAGGGCCCCUUCCACCCCAGCCCCAUGCCUCGCAUCUUCAAGUCCAAGGAGCAGCUCAUGCUACGAGCCAACAGCUUGAAGAAGGCCCUGCGGCAGAUCAUCGAGCAGGCGGAGAGAGCUGUGGACGAGCAGAACAAGCAGACUCAGACUUACCAGAGCAUCUCCGGGGCCGGCAAGAAGGACAGCAGCGAAGACUUCAACAAGGAGACAGAAAAGUGCAAGUUCCGCCGGGACACAGUGAUCUCCACCACUUCGUCCAUCAUCCUGGACAGGCCUGAGAGCUUCGGCGCGGCCCACUUUGCCGAGGACCCGGACGCUGUACAAUUCUCUGAAAGAUGCGUCAUGAAUAAUUACUUUGGCAUCGGCCUGGACGCAAAGAUCUCUCUGGAAUUCAACAACAAGAGGGACGAGCAUCCCAAGAAAUGCAGCAGCCGCACCAAGAACAUGAUGUGGUAUGGAGUUCUGGGCACCAAGGAGCUUCUCCAGCGGACCUACAAGAACCUGGAGCAAAGAGUCCAACUCGAGUGCGAUGGGGUGCCCAUUUCCUUGCCCAGCCUGCAGGGCAUUGCUGUGCUCAACAUUCCCAGCUACGCAGGAGGCAUCAACUUCUGGGGAGGCACCAAGGAGGACAACAACUUUGGGGCCCCCUCCUUUGACGACAAGAAGCUGGAGGUGGUCGCUGUCUUUGGCAGCAUCCAGAUGGCCGUCUCGCGUGUCAUCAACUUGCAGCACCACCGCAUUGCCCAGUGCCGGAUGGUGAAGAUCACCAUCCGGGGAGAUGAGGGAGUCCCGGUGCAAGUGGACGGAGAAGCUUGGAUCCAGCCCCCAGGCAUGAUCAAGAUCCAGCACAAGAACCGGGCCCAGAUGCUGACGAGAGACAGGGCUUUUGAGAGCACCCUCAAAUCGUGGGAAGACAAGCGAAAGGGGGAGGGCUACCGGGCAGCCUCGCGCCCCCGCCUCAGCUCCCAGCAGUCCAUGGAAUACCUGACGGAGGAGGAGUCCUCGCAGCUCCAGCGCUUGGCCCAGGCCACGGAAACGCUCAUUGACAGGAUCCGUGAGGCUGCCAAGACACACCGAGCCAUUGAGCAGGAGCUGGCCCAUGCCGUGAACGGCAGCUCCCUGGCGCUGAGCGAGGCCCUGGCCAGCAAGAGCAACGCGGGCAGCCCGGAGUUUUUGAGCCGGACCACCGCAGUGGAGGUGUCCGUCAGCAUCAGGGCUCUCUACAACGAGACCCGAGCAUUUCUGGAAGGCAAACUGCAGCUGGACUCCCCCCAGCAAGAGGAAGGCCUCCGGAAUGCCCUGAGUGCCGUCCGCCAGGAACUGCAAAAGCUCGCCAGCAUCCACUGGCUGGCACCGGUCGUCAAUUCUUCCGAGGAGGGGCUGAGCCAGGAGACCUCGACCGGCAGCGCCAACAACAAGGGGAGCCUGAAGCUGAGGAUCAGCCUGGCCAAGGCCAAGAAGGAGAAGCUGCAGAAGCAGCGGUCCAGCGGGGUCGCCCCAGUGGAGAAUUGGGGCCCUGAGGAAGUGGCCGCCUGGCUGGAGGCGCUUGAUUUGGGGGAGUACAAAGAGCUUUUUGUGUGCCACGACAUCCAGGGCUCUGAGCUGAUCCUGCUGGAGAGAAGAGACCUGAAGGACCUGGGGAUCUCAAAAGUGGGCCAUCUGAAGAGGAUUCUCCAGGGAAUUAAGGAUGCCGCCGGCCCGCUCUAGAGAGGCGCCCCUCAAACCAAUGGGGAAGUGGCAGCCUGGGGAGAAGGACCCCUUCCUCCCCCCGGGUGCCCUUCCUUACCACGGGCAGUGCCCGGGGGGGGGGGGUGGGGGUGGACAGGAGGUGUUUCUUCUGGCACCGGAGGCUAGAAAGCUUUGCCCAGCCUGGACCAGACCACCCUGGGGUCUUUGUGCAAGCACCGCUUCCCACACCUCCUCUCUCCAGAGUUUACGUUUUCAUGUUUGGCGGCGUCUCCCUCGCCCUCCCGGGUUCUCCCCACCCUGCCCUGUCAUGUGUGGCAGUUCCUGCGGCUUUUCUCCAGGUGCUUCAGUUCAGCUUCCUUCCAAGCAAGCCUCCCUGGUUCCCCGUCUGUGUGGAGGCGAAGGGAGUGGGCUGGGUUCCAUCAGGGUGGGCAGACGGGCGGGCGGUGUCUUCUGCAGCUGCUUAUUGGCAGCGCUUGGCACCGCAGGGUGGGCCACUGUGGCCCUCCAACUGUUCCGGACAGUCCACAGCCCUACGAGUCCUCGUGGCCUCCAGGGCGGGUUCAUCGUGGAAGAAAUGGAGGGCCACCCGUUGCCUGCUCUGUCAGUUGAAAGAACAGGAAUGUGUUUUGAGGAGGGACAGAGGGUGGUGGAUACCCUUCGGUCAGGGGGCCUGGAACGGUGGGCAGACCAGCCCCUUCCUGUUGCUCCCUUGGAGGGGGACAACUGUGGGUCAUGCACAGCACUUGGAUUGCAUGAAAAGACCAUCUUGCACUCUUUUCUAAAAAGUAUUUUUCAUAAGCAAUUGAAAUCCUUUUUUUUGUUGUUGUUGUUCUGAGAUUGAAGAAUGGCGCUAACAGCCGCCUCCCAACCAGCCCUUGUCUGCAGCUGUGCAAGAUGAAGCCUUUAAAUGUCAGCCUUUGUAGCGCUCCAUCAGAAAAAUUGGGCACCGACUUCCGAUCACUUCUGAUUUUGCAAAAUGCAAGCAAGCAAAGAUACAGAAAUAGCUGAGAGAGGCCUGGUACACAGCAGGUCCGUAGGGCAGAACUGGCCCCCGGGCCCUGCUGGAAGCUACCUUUGAUCCCCUGCAAAUGUGCAACCCUUCAGCUUCGGCUGCCGCCCUGCUUCAUCAGGCAAAAGGGUUGCUGGGGGGGGGCAGGUGGGCAUCUUCAUCAUCCCAUAAUGUUCCGCUUUUAAAAAAGAAGAAAAAUCCUUCUUGUAAAAGUCAAAAUGCCUUCCAGGACCCACUUGUGUGCUGGCAGUCCCUUUCCACAGGGGACCCUCUAUCCCAGCUAUUGGCCUCUUGCGGGGGGGGGGGGGUUGGGGAGGG